CCCCGUUUCCAAGGGAAACAGCACUCGCACCGCUUGUUUAUCGCGUCCAAAGUCAGAGGUCGAAAAAACCUUGUCCUCAAAAGCUGGUUUUCUGGUGACAUUGUCCUUCUUAAAUUCGGUCUAGAAAAGAAUCGAUCAGCGCGCAAAAUAAUGUUAACGAAAAAGGAAAAACUGCUCAUCCGGCCGUGGCAAAUGCAACGCUACUACAACCAUCGGAUCAAGGUGGAGACGGCGGGCCCGGCGAUCGAUUUCCACCCCCCGCCGGAACGGGCCCACAUUACGCAAAAGUUGAAAAAGCUCCAGAAGGAACGCGAACGCAAGGAGAAGAUCGAACGGGACAACAUCCGGCUGCUGCAGCGACUGGGCGCCAUCAUGAGCAAGAAACGACUGGACAACAUCUGGACCCAGGCACGACCCAACUUCCUCAGCCGCGAGUACAUCUAUCCGAUCCGUCCCAAGACGACCGGCGUGACCGAAAUGGACCGCGGCCGGCGCCGCUCGUCGGUGCGAACGCUGGACGAGAUGGGCUCGGACUCGCCCCAGUCGGCAACACCCGGCGGGCGGACAGUUCGGUGCAGUGCGUGCAACGGGCGGGCCUACAAGCUGAACCAGGUCGCGCCGGAAGAGGGCCGUAUGCCGUGGGCACCGCAGCGUAAAACCACCAACCGGAAGCUGCUGAACGAGGCCGAGUCGGAGCUGCACGUCUGCUGUCGGUUCUGCUGCUGCAAGUGAGCAUCUUUCUCCUAAAACAUAAAUAAUCAAUAAUGUUUUCAAAAAACUUUGUGUGGGUGUGCCGGUUGUACGUGUGUGAUUCACUAUCAAUAAAGUUUGAAGUUUGCUGCA